AGCUAGAACAGGCAAAUUAGGAACAUCUCCACUAGGUGGCGAACUACUACUAUUAUUAUUUUGAAAAAGCAAACGCUUCAGCGACAGCUUUUCAGCGAAAAUAUUUAAUUGCAAUUAAUAUAUAAGAAAAAAACUAAGGAAAUUACUUUAAUUUAACAAACUAGUCCCUAAACUACAUUUAAAAUUUUAGCACCACCGAACAACAGAAUGCAGGCUGCAAGGCAAUGCUGUUCUUGUCUCACCACCACCGGCGGACUCCUUCAAAGUCGGACCAACUUCCUUUUGAACUCCAGUAAAAUGGCUUCGUUGAGGAGAGGACUGUCCUACAUCAACUUCCUCAGAAGCACGGUCUGUGCUCUGGGCAAUAACAAACUGACUCAUCGGCAGUUUCUCCGUCUGCCCGAAACCGUCAGAACCAACAUCGUGCCCUUCAGCGUGGGCAGCGGACUGUGCUCUGUCCCCUUCACGCAGCAAGCAGAACAACUGUCUCAUGAAUCUCUGAUCCGAAGAGCCUCAAACCUUGUUUUGGACAGCGCCAAUACCUACCUCUCCCAGACCACCCUGGCCCUUGUGGACUCCCUCACACAGUAUGCCAAAGCACUGCACACCCUCAUUGCCCUGCAGAGGAGGUACCUGGCCUCCAUCGGAAAGCUGACCCCCGCGGAGGAGGACAGCAUUUGGCAGGUUAUCAUUGGCCAGCGCGUUGAGGUUGGUGACAGACUGGAGGCCUGCAAUCGAUUUGAAUCCAACUGGUUGAAUGCCGUCAACAUCUGUGAAUUAGCCGCAGAGACCGCACAUAGCUCAGGAGCGGAGCAUGCGUCUGUGGCGGCCAAGACCCAGGUGCAGAUGGCCCAGUUCCAGGUUGAGGAGGUGCGGAGGCUGGUGAAGGAGGCCGAGAGGAAGCUGGCCGAGACCAAGGCCGAGGAGAUCCAGAGGAUGGCCGAGUACGCCUCCUCCAGCCACGACAUCAACGUGGAGGACAUCCCCGAGGCCUACCUGAGGGAAGACUAGAUCACCAUGACUACUAUCACUAUAGUGUACAAAAACAUAAACAAAAUGACCUCAUGAUAGGACACUGGACAUAAACUGUACAUAUGUCAGGGUUGUGCUUCUCGAAAGUUUCAUGGCUAACUACAUUAGCAACUUAUUUGGUUGCAAUGCUAUUUGCUGUCUUUAAGCCUACCCGAGGGAAGACUAACCAUGGCAACCAGUCAUUACCAGUGUGCAUAACAAGAUGACCUCAGGAUAGCACAUAUUACAUAGCUAUACAUACCGUGUGUCAGGAUUGUGUUUGCCAAGACGUUAUUGUUAAAUAUGGCACAAACCAUGUUAAUCGCACUGCAAUUUUCCAUUUGCAUCCAACUGAUUUGCUAACUGGCUUGCAAUGAUAUAUUUGAGAAGUGCACCCCAGGUUAAGACACAACAAUUAGGUAGAUAGAUCAUCUAUACCAUUUAUGAAACAUUUGUAGCAUUUGUAAAAAUAUGUCUAACACUUUUGUUUAAUUGUGUUUGUGCAUGGAUUAGCUCACGCCUUUCAGAUAGACUGGUGCCAAAGGCAGAGUAAUGCCAAUUAAUGUUGUGCCUCUUGGAACGGAUACAAACACUGCACAGUGCAACUGGCUGUCUGUGUUAACUGUUCCGAGGUGAAGUUGUCAAGAGUCAAGGGAAAUUUGAGAAUUACUUUUUUUGUUGUCGUAAAAUGCAAUCUUUUUGCAAACAUCUUCAACAAUUGUCUUUUGUUUAUCAUACAGUGAUUAUCAAUUGGAGAUUGUCUUACUACUUGGAAAGCUGUGUAAUAUUUUUCUCCAGAUUUUGUUGAUGCCUUUAUUUACCCAUUUGAAAUACACAAGAAGUUUAGUUAGGAUUGCUUUGGAUUUGGAACCCAGUAAUCAGAUAAACUGACUACUUUAUCCUUGAGACUAUCCAAGUAGAAAUGUCUGAUUUGUGUUGUUAAGAAUGAAGUUGUCUUCAGUCAGGAAUGCUUGUUUGUGUGCGUGUGUGAUGUUGAAUGUAUUUUUUUUGUUCAAGAUCAAGAUGUUAUUUGUGAUAACCACAACCACUUUCAAUUUCUUGAAUGUUGUUUAUAUUAUAUAAUAUUUAAUAAAUAUAUUAUUUUUGUACAUAUAAAGCACAA